AGGAGUGUGUCAGUCUUUCCUUCACUCUUGUUUUUGUGUGUGAGCUGUAGCGUUUGGGUCUCUGGAUGUGUCCUGUCCUCACCCACACAACGGACCUGUCUGCCGCACAGUAUCCGGUCACGUCAGUCACACUGACACCGAUUGUGAGGCCGCUUUUAUCUUUUAUUUUCAUUAGCGGAGCUGGACCCGCACACCAGGACCCAGUCCAGCCCGGUUCGGCUCGGUUCGGUGGACGGGACACAGCGGGGAUUUAAACAACAGAGCCCGACCAGAGAUGGAGAGACACAGACUGAUGUGAACGGAACCAGCGCUAUGGAGAUUCAUCCACUAUGCACUAAGCUUUGCCAUCAUAAAGCUGUGGAGCUGAAGGAUGAUGUGUGUGAGAAACAGAGUGCGGUCACCAUCAAUCCACGUCACAUGAGGAAAGCUUUCAGGAUCAUGAAUGAGCUCCGCAGUCAGAGUGUGUUGUGUGAUGUCACCAUCAUUGCGGAGGAUGUGGAGAUAGCUGCUCAUCGAGUCGUCUUAGCUGCAGGGUGUCCGUACUUCCACGCUAUGUUUACAGGAGAGAUGACUGAGAGCCGUCAGAAGAAGGUUCGAAUCAAAGAGAUUGACGGCUGGACUCUGGGAAUACUGAUCGACUAUGUUUACACUGCUGAGAUCCAAGUAACAGAGGAGAAUGUGCAGGUGCUCUUGCCCGCCGCUGGUCUGCUGCAGUUACAGGAAGUUAAAAAGGCCUGCUGCGAGUUUCUCAUAACUCAACUUCACCCAACCAACUGCCUCGGUAUCCGCGCCUUCGCUGAUUUGCACGCCUGCACAGAGCUGCUCAAUCUCGCCAACACGUACGCAGAGCAACACUUCUCAGAGGUCGUGCAGAGUGAAGAGUUUCUCAAUCUGGGCAUGGAGCAAGUGUGCAGCCUCAUAGCAAGCGACAAACUGACCAUUCCAUCAGAAGAAAAGGUGUUUGAAGCGGUCAUAGCUUGGGUCACGCAUGAUAAAGAUGUGCGUCAGGAACACAUGGCUCAUCUGAUGGAAAAUGUUCGCUUGCCUCUUCUUUCCAGAGAAUACCUCGUACAGAGGGUGGAGGAGGAAACUUUAGUGAAGAACAGCAGCGCCUGUAAAGACUACCUAAUUGAAGCCAUGAAGUACCACCUGCUGCCGGCCGAGCAGCGCUCCACGAUGAAGACCAUCCGCACCAGAGUGAGAACACCCAUCAGCUACCCAAAGGUGAUGAUGGUGGUGGGGGGACAGGCCCCUAAAGCCAUCCGCAGUGUGGAGUGCUAUGAUUUCGAGGAGGAGAGAUGGUUCCAAGUGGCAGAAUUACCCUCCAGACGAUGUCGAGCAGGUGUGGUGUAUAUGGGUGGUGUUGUGUAUGCUGUCGGGGGUUUUAACGGGUCAUUACGAGUGAGGACGGUGGAUGCAUAUGACCCAGUAAAAGACGAGUGGUGUUGUGUCAGCAGCAUGCAGGACCGGAGGUCAACUCUAGGCUCUGCUGUCCUCAACGCACUGCUUUAUGCUGUUGGAGGCUUUGAUGGCAGCACAGGUUUAGCUACUGUAGAGGCAUAUAACGCUAAGGCCAAUGAGUGGUUCCACGUCAGUCCCAUGAACACGCGACGUAGCAGUGUUGGAGUUGGCGUUGUUGGAGGUCUGCUUUAUGCAGUCGGAGGGUAUGACGGAGCAACUCGUCAGUGUUUGAGUACAGUUGAGGCCUAUAACCCAAACACCAAUGAAUGGUCUUAUACAGUAGAGAUGGGAACCCGCCGCAGUGGUGCAGGUGUAGGUGUGUUAAAAGGUCUGCUCUAUGCAGUAGGGGGGCACGACGGCCCCUUGGUUAGAAAGAGCUGUGAGGUUUAUGACCCUGCCACUAACACAUGGAAACAGGUGGCUGAUAUGAAUAUGUGCCGAAGGAACGCAGGUGUGUGUGCCGUAAAUAACCUGCUAUAUGUGAUCGGUGGCGAUGAUGGCUCAUGCAACCUGGCUUCAGUGGAGUUCUACAAUCCAAACACUGAUAAAUGGACUCUACUGCCCACCUGCAUGAGCACAGGACGCAGCUAUGCAGGUGUGACUGUCAUUGAUAAGCCUCUCUGAGCAGCUGUGGAGUUGUUGAACACUAGAGCUGAAGCUGACGUACAGCAGAGGAUUCGCUCACACUGAAGCUCUUACCACGGCUGAGGCUUCAUCCUGGAACUGCUUCACCAUGGACAUGGCCUGGAGAAUACUGCUCUCUCUCUCUCUCUGUCUGUAUCUCUCUCUCUCACACACAUCCACACACUCAUUCAGAUACGUAACUACAAGCAUUCACACACUACCUCUUUUUGUCUCUAGUAUAUACACUUACACACUCUGUAUCUCUCUUUUCUUUCUGUUUCUCUUGUUUGAGAGUAGUCAAUGAUGAUGCUUAUUGCACUGACGAAGCAGAAUCGAAACACUCUGAGUAAAGACUGGUGCAAAUAUUUGGCCAGCGCAUCUGCGACGUGUACAAAGCGUUCCUGCGUUUGAGCCGAGGGGAUGGCCAGCAAUUUUUGCUCCUUGAUCGUUUGAUCUGAAGGAGCCUCUUGAUGGUUUUUGCUUAUUCGAAUAAAGCUUGAGGGAAAAUGUGUCUAGUUUAGGACCAGCACUUUGUUGCCUCUUGGAAGGUUGUUUAUGAAGUCACUGGACUCCAUUGGAUGAUGAUGAUGAUGAUGAUGAUGAUGAUGUGAAUUUCGUUUUAUGGUUAGAGCUGAACCUUUGCUUGCUUAUAUGCGAGAAGGGUCUCUAUUGAAGACAAACAAACUUUUUUCAUUUUGCAAUUUGUUUGCCAAACAACAUUUGAAGUCUUAAAGUUUGAACUGUCUGUUGUUGUUUCUUUUUCUUUUAAUAUCCUCUGGCUCUUUUCUUGUGGUCCAAUCGUUGGAGAAUUGCGAUCUUUGACAUUUGAAACGUUAACAUGAAUGCUUCGGCAUGCACGAUGCUGUGGACUGAUACUGGUUGCUUGGGUAUUAAACCGCUUUGCAUGGUUCUAAAUACUGAUGUUUGUGUGCCAUCUUUAAACUACUGCUGUACUCACUAAACAACGUGACGUGCUCUCUGUACUAGCGGUACUGAACACUGAAGAGGUAUAAAGGUACUACUUCUUAUAGAAAUCUUUCUUUCUUUUCUCUCUU